AUGACGACUGAACGUGGCAAACCCCAGUUUGUCAGGUAUCUAUUAACCUGGAUGUGGAGGGCAUUCGACCCCCACCCGCAGCAGCUCGACAAGGGAAAAGAACGUGGCCCGAGAUCGCUCCCCCUUGAGGAUCGCGAAUGUGAUGACCUUAGCCCCGAUGUCUAUGAUUCUACUGGUAUUCCCUCUCUCCGUCCGCGAAUCGUCCCUCGAUCGAUUCGCUGGGGACCGCGACACGCUAACUUCCGCUCGCGCCGGGACGAUACUAGAUCAUUGACGAGUCAAAAUCCAUCACGGGCUAGGUCACACAUGGAUACGGCCACGGGACAAGAGCUUGCUGGGACGUUGCAGGCAGAGGUGUGCGACGAAAUAGUAGCGGUGCAAGAAGCACCAGCUACUACCCCCACUAUCGCUCCCCAGCAAGUGGAGAUCAAUGACCUUAGCCCCGACGUUGAUGAUUCCCCCAGCAUUCCUUCUAUCCCGAAUCGUCCCUCGAUCGAUUCGCCGAGGAUGGUCACGAUACACUAG